GAGCAGGUUUUAGCAUAUAUUUAUCAGUGACUAAUUCAUUAAAAUACUUUAUGACCAACAUUGAGUCAGUUCCGUGAUCCCGCCACCCAGACCGAAAUGAAAGUGUAAUUUCCCGCGUGGGUGGUUACACACAAUUUGAAACGAUCUUCCCCAUUUGCGCAUUCCAUUUCGUAAUUCGCGAAACUUCAAUUCGUCAUUAUAAUCAUCUCAUUUUCAGUCUUCAUGCAACAGACCUCGCUGUGUCCUACUCUAAAAGGUACUCGUCUAUUGAGCACAGCGUGAGACUGGGAACGACAUAACUAUGCAAAGACUCCUGAUGAGUUCUAUGGCUAAUGGGCAGUUAUAUCAGAUGAUCAACAGGAUAUGUGAGGACCUGAGCUCAGGUGAGUGCAGGAGGCUCCUGUACCUGUGUGGAUCCCUUGACACUGACAGGUGUGGUUCUGAUCAUGUGAGAGAGGUGUUAAAUUCCUGGCUGAGCAGAGGACAGGUGGAUCAGCUGUACCUGGUGGAACUUCUGUUCAGACUGAGACGCUUUGAUCUCCUGAAGAAAGAGUUUCACAUCAGUAAACAGGAAGUGGAUGGGAUUCUGGGACAGAACCGAGCUUUGUCAGAGUACAGAGUGUUGAUGUCUGAUGUGAGUGAAGACAUGGGGACAGAAGACCUGGAAUCGCUCAAGUUUCUGCUGAGUGGUUCUUUAUCCAGAGAGAGGCUGACCAGAGUCAAGAGUUUCCUGGAUGUCAUAGUUGAACUGGAGAAGCUGGACAGAGUGUCUUCUGAGAGGGUGGAGCUGAUAGAAAAAUAUCUGACGGACAUCAGCAGGGUUGACCUGGCCAGGAAGGUCAAAGGGUACCGGAACCUGACAUCAGUUGGAACACCACAACACAGACCAGUGGUGAUGACUCACCAGGCCCAGCAGCAGUGGAUCAGGACUCCAUCCAACCCCAUGCUCACUGCCUCCCCUGUAUCAUGCCAUUCAAGACAAGAGCAGUCCACACAGAACACUCCAGAGAACGAAAACAUUGCAGAGCCUGAAAGAAAAAGGCUGUUCUACCAGAGCCCAGUGGAUGUUUACAGGCUCCAGUCAGACCCACGGGGUGAAUGUCUCAUCAUAGACUGUGUUGGCAGUGAUGGAGACAUGUUGGAGGAGAUGUUCAGCGGGCUCCAAUUCAAGGUGACCCUGGUUAAGUGGCCGAGAGUGGGGGAUACCCUGUCUCUUCUCAGGCAGGCUGCCCAACCGAGGCAGACCCAGGAAGUUGAUGCUUUCGCCUGCUGCAUCAUCAGCCGUGGUACUGCUACCGACCUGCUGGCUACAGACUCUCACAGGCUCGGGGUGCGUCUUGACACGGUCCGACACCUCUUCACCCCUGACUACUGCCCCAGGCUGGCUGGCAAGCCCAAGCUGUUCUUCAUCCAGACCUAUAGUGUGUCAGGCCCCCAGGACUGCUCCUCCAGGCCCACGGGUCACCCUGCUCACAGGGAGGGGGAUCUGGAGACAGACGGGUAUGGGGAACCUCUCAGUGUGGAGACAGUCCCCACCGACGCAGAUGUCUUCUGGAGCCACUGUUGGACAGAUGAGGGUCAGCUGGAGGAGAAGGACCAUCGGUCUGUGUACCUGCAGGCCCUGAGAGAGGCAGUUCAGAGGAGGAGAACACAUCUAGUGGAUGUCCAUACAGAGAUGAACAGGGUGAUCUUCGACCACAACAGAAGGAAUCCAGGAGCCAGAUACAACAUUAAUCUGAGACACACACUCAGGAAGAAUCUCUACAUGUUAUAGAUAGACAUAAUAUAGUUUGCUCUACUGUAUAACCACUGAGCAGUACUAGAUUAUAUUAUACAGUAUACAACAGCACCCUCUACUGGCAGCUUUUGAUAACCACAACAGCACCCUCUACUGGCAGCUUUGAUAACCACAACAGCACCCUCUACUGGCAGCUUUGAUAACCACAAUAGCACCCUCUACUGGCAGCUUUGAUAACCACAACAGCACCCUCUACUGGCAGCUUUGAUAACCACAACAGCACCCUCUACUGGCAGCUUUGAUAACCACAACAGCACCCUCUACUGGCAGCUUUGAUAAGCACAACAGCACCCUCUACCGGCAGCUUUGAUAACCACAACAGCACCCUCUACUGGCAGCUUUGAUAACCACAACAGCACCCUCUACUGGCAGCUUUGAUAAGCACAACAGCACCCUCUACCGGCAGCUUUGAUAACCACAACAGCACCCUCUACUGGCAGCUUUGAUAACCACAAUAGCACCCUCUACCGGCAGCUUUGAUAACCACAACAGCACCCUCUACUGGCAGCUUUGAUAAGCACAACAGCACCCUCUACUGGCGACAACUGUCUUGCAUCACAUUGAGCAGCUAGCGAGGAAGUAGUGCAAUCAAAACACAUUCAGUAUUUUAUUACUAUGUAUUUAUUCAAGACAUGUUUUUCUUUUUACUGAAGGAUGGAUGAAGGAUUUGAGAAUAUAAUGUGAAUUCAGAUCUGUGCAUUUUUAAAAUGUAGCCAAGCCUGAUAAGUAGUAAUAAAACAUAGACCUAAAA